GUUUGAAAUGUGCACUGUUCAUAUUGUUUUGUAGCAAUGAAGUGCAUUGCACAGUCUUGUCGAUCAUUUAGUACAUUAUUUUAUUCUUAAUUGUAUGUCUAAUCUCUUGAAUGGACAUUCAUGAUGUAAUCUCAAGACAUUCAAGUUCCGAAAGGAUCAGAUUUGCUGAUUUUGGUGAUGUUCUGGAUUUUAGAAAGUACUCACAUAUAAAGAUGUUGCAUUAAAUGAGAUAUUCAAGACAAAGUCACUCAGUAGCAGGGGAGGUUUUACAGUACAUUUUCCCUUGAGAAACAAAGCCUAAAUAUCCAUAUAAACUACUGUUUGAAUGCAGUCCAGCUUCUCGACCUGACCUUGUGAGUACCCUUGUGUAUUUUGGCAGGUGGUUGUAGGAUAAAACCUGACGUGUCUCUGAUAAGAAAUGUGUCCGUGCAUGUGCCACGUUGUCCAACGAAAGAGGGCAGUUGCGGAGUCGACCCCUCACUCAUUUCAGAGGACACCCGACCUGUGCCAUGUCUGGACUGAACGCGUCUCUCGGAUACUUCCUGGCUGUUGUAAUUUUUGCAGCCGCGAUUCGGACAGCCCUCAGAAAAUGGCCAAAGAUCAGCUUCCUCGUGGAGUUUUCCUCCACUUUCAUGCUGGUGGCAUGCAGGCUGGAGGUGCAGACCAUUGUGGAGGUGGGUAUGUGGGCCGGGGGCCUGGGUCCUGAUGUGACCGUGACCAUACUGUUUGUGGUGCUGCUGACUCAUGGCAUCAUCUGUGGAAGUGCAUCGGGGAAUCCCAGCCUCGCCGUGCAGAAGUUCCUGCAACUCGACGCCUCCGCUCUUCACACCUUGCUAGAUUUGGCAGCCCAGUUUGCUGGAGCUCACCUGGCUCUUCUAGCAGCCGAGUACUACUGGAACCUGGAGCUGACGGACAUGCACAUGAUCAAAAACCUGAUGUCUCGAGAGUGCAGCACAUCCCUGCUGGUCUCACUGCUUCAGGGGUUUUUCACCGAGUGUAUCUGUGCACUCAUCUUUCAUCUCAUCCACCUAAACCUCCGACACAGGUCUGCACUGAUCCGAGUCCCCCUGAUUGCAGCCCUCCUCACAUUCCUGUCUCAUAUAGCCAGCAACUACACCUCAGCUUACAUAAACCCAGCGUUGGCAUAUGGGCUCACCUUCUACUGUUCCGGAUUCACCCUCAUAGAGUACGCAGUCGUCUACUGGCUCGGCUCUCUAACAGGCAUGACUCUGGCUCUCCUCUUGUACAUGGGUCACAUUCCGAGGAUCUUUGCCAAGAAUCUUCUAUAUUUCCAGAAGACACGGUUCAGAGUUCCCAAAGGAGACAAAGCCGAAAAGAAGAAAAUGUGAAGAUGAUCUUUGACCAAAUAUUAACUU